AUGAGCCGAACGUCACACUCCCAGCCAACUCGUCGUCUCCUCAUUUUCCAGGAGACGCGCAAUCCACUCAAUACCGCUGAAGUGGCCUACCUCCCCGUCAACAAACUCGGGCUCCCAAUCUGCGGAGAUGGGCCCGAUUUACCCUCCAUUUUGGAAUUACCGCUUCAUAUUCUAAAAGUCUUCACCGAGAUUUUCAAUCAACCAAAGUACAAGGGAUGGGCCGUCCUCUCUGCAGGUCGUUAUCACGACACCUCAGAGGAAGGUAAAUUCUACGCUGUGGUUCUGGAACAGACCCCUGUGCCGGGACAAGUACAAGACCAUGGUAUGAGGGACUCGGGGACCUUUUCGCCUUGA